GAGCGGUGCGGAGCGGCCAUGGAGCGCUCGGUGCUGCUCGCUGCCGCCGCGCUGCUGCUGCUGCCGCCGCUCACCGGGACCGGAGCCGCCGUCACCCGCCUCCGGGUGUCCGCCAACUUCGAGUGCUGGGCCACCGCCGACAGCACCUUGAGCCGCCCCCGGUGCCGCCGCCUGCCCCGCUCCGGGCCGCCGCUGAACGCACCCGCCCUGGCGCUGGGCAGGGCCCGCCUGUGCCUGCACUCGCAGCGCUGCCAGCCCUGCCUGCGGGUGCGCCUGGCCCUCUCCGCCGCAGAGCUCGGGGAUGUCCGCGGGAUCCAGCUCAACUUCCUGGAGCUUGGCUCCAACCGGGCCAGCUGGCUGCAGGUGUGGCGGAGGCACCGGGCACCGGGCAGCUCACCGUGGCAGGUACAGUUCGACUGCUUCCCGGUGGAGAGUGGCCGGCAGGUCCUUGUCUCCCUCCACACCAUCCCCGACAGAGGCUGGACCCUCAACCGCAGCCACCUGGUCCCUGCUGAGCCGCCCGGACCUGCCUUCACCCAUACGUGGGUGCCCGAGGAAAGGGCCAUCGAGGUGUGGGUGCCUGAGGGCCCGGCCCUCAUGGUGCGCCUGUGCCAUCAGCUCGCCCUGGAGUGCGAGGAGCUACCCUGGCCCUUCCACCAGCAGGUGCUGGUGCCGGGGGGCCACCGCGUCUCACUGCCAUACGAGUUCCUGGUGCCCUGCUUAUGCAUCGAGGCCUCCCUCCCGCACCACGAUAGCACACGCAGCAAGCGCUGCCCCUUCCGUGACCAGCCGGCUGCCUAUGGCCCCGAGCUGUGGUCCUCGGUGCGCUUCCACGACUACAGCGCCAGCAGCAAGGACCAGAUGGCGAUGGUGCUGAGCACCAGCUGCCCCCUGCACCCCCGCGCCACCCUGUGCUGGAGGGAGGUGGUGGCUGAGGCUGCGCUGUGCCACGACAUCCCCAACUCCACAGCCAGUGAGGAGGACCAGGCAUACACACUGGACAAGGUGGAUGUGCACCCCCAGCUCUGCUUUCGGUUCUCUUAUGGGAACAGCAGCCACGUGGAGUGUCCCCACCGGCCAGAGACCGCCUGGAACGUCUCAGUGAGCACCCGAGGGCUGCAGCUGCACCUGCGCCUCAUCUCCAGCAUCCCUGCAGCCUUCAGCGCAUCCCUCUGCCAGCGCCGGGGCGGGCAGUGUGAGCCCGAGCCCCCCCUCUACACUGUCACACAGCCAGAGGGCUCAGCCCCCGGGGAGCUGGCGCUGCUGCUGCCGAUGCAGGUCCUGGGCAGCUGCGUGCUGGUCUGGCGCUCGGACGUGCGCUUUGCUCGGAAGCAGCUGCUCUGUCCCGAUGUCUCCCGCAGGCACUUCGGGCUGCUGGGGUUGGCGCUGGUGCUGGGGCUGGUGGUGACUGUGCUGCUCCUCAAUUGCCGCAGCGCCUGGAGGCCUGAUGAUGGUCCCGGCGGAGCUCGCCCGGUGCUGCUGCUGUACUCGCCGGACUCGGAGGAGCACCUGGGGCUCGUGUGCGCCCUGGCCGAGCGGCUCCGCGCCGGGCUGGGCUGCGACGUGCGCCUGGACCUGUGGGAAGCGGGCGGCCUGGGGCAGGCAGGGACCGUGCCCUGGCUGUACGGGCAGCGCGGCUCCGUGGGCCGGCAGCGGGGCACCGUGCUGCUGCUCUGGAGCCGCGGCAGCGCACGGCUCUUCCGCCGCUGGCGGGGCGGGGCGGCGGGCGGGGACCCCCCCGGGGAUGCUCACGACAUCUUCGGGGCGGCCAUGUCCUGCCUGCACGGGGAGCUGGGCACGGCGGGGCGCGGCAGGGGAUGGGUCCUGGCAUACUUCAGCCGGCUCUGCAGCCCCCGCGAUGUGCCCCGGCCCCUGCGGCCGCUGCCCACAUACCGCCUGCCCCGGCAGCUGCCCGGCCUCAUGGGAGCCCUAAGGGGCAGCCCCCCCGCCCCCCGCCGCUGCUGCCCGGGAGGGGUCGGGGGGCUCCUGCACCGGCUGGGGGCGAGGGAGGGCAGCCCCCCCCCGCGGCACAGCGAAGCGGAUACCGGCACUUGAGGGAUAGCGCUUGGGGCUGAGCUGGGCAUUGCGGGGGGCGGCCCCCGUUGUGGAGGGGCAGGGCUCGGCAGUGCCCGUGCGGGCACAAGGAGGAGCUGGUCCCAGCCAUGGGAUGUGCUGUGGACAAGGAUGAGCGUCCAGCCCAUGGAGCUGGGAGCGGAGGUGCUGUCCCCGGUAGGGGCAGCUUUAUUUCCACACAGGGAUUUGGUCCAGGGGAAGACCAGGACCUGAGAAGCCCCUCGGGAUGUCACAGACGGGAGAGGGCUGGAACAGCAAUGGAAGAAGCUGAGUCGUGGCAGGGGGGGCUCCUGCCCGGGGCAUGGGGGGCAACUGCUGGGCACAGCCUGGCCCUACUCUUGCUGUCAGCAGGACCGUGUCUGGGGUGGAAGCAAUAAAGGCACCGUUUCACCCUC